UGCAACACUUUAUAUUCAUCCUUCAAUUUCAAGUAUCAUAACAAGGCUUGGCUUAGCAAAACAAGAAUGGGUUCCAAGGCAUUUCUGUUUCUUGGCCUGCUUUUGGCUAUUUUUAUAAUAAGUUCUCAAGUUUUAGCUAGUGAGAAUGACCACUAUGGUGGUGGAUAUCAUGGUGGAGGACACCAUGGUGGAUAUCAUGGUGGCGGACACCAUGGUGGUGGACAUGGUGGAUACCCUAGUGGUGGACACCAUGGUGGUGGACAUGGUGGAUAUCCUGGUGGAGGACACCCUUGACGACAUGGAUAAUUAAAACUUUCGUGUGGACAGUUCUAUGUAAUAUAUAUUAAUGCUCUUUCUACUUUAGAGCAAUUAAAACUUUUGUAUGGGAAGUUAUGUAAUAUAUAAUAAUGCUCUUUCUACUCUAGAGCAAUUAAAACUCUUGUGUGGACAGUUAUAUGUAAUAUAUAGUAAUGCCCUUUCCACUUUAGAGCUUAUUAUAUAAUUAGUAUGAAGUACUACUAUGAAUAAAAGCCAUGCAUCUUGUAUUGUAGUGAUUGUUUCACAAUGGAAUUAUAAUAGUUUCCCUUGGUUUAAUUUAA